GCAGCCGCUUCAGUCGUAGUACGAAAACAGAGUCGAUAUUCCCUUGCUGUGAAUAACAACGAAUCCCAUUUGACAUCCAUAGAAAAGUCACGAUGUGCCUCUUCUGCGAAACGAUUAUGUGCCGAACCAACCAUCUACACCUACUUUAGAAUAAGAAGAUUGACAGCGAAAUGUCAACUCAGUAGAGAUCGUUCGACGCAUGCGUUGUUCCUGUGUUUCGCAUUGACCUGGAGUGCGAUGUAAGCUAACGUCACUAAGGACCAAACAGUGCACAUGCAACGAAGUGGGAGAGACUGAGAGAAAAAGAGUGACUCAUUAACAUGAGAUGCACUGUGCAACACAGAAGUACGUAGGCAGCCUCGCCUGCUAUCAUAAACUAACGUUUUCACCGUUGCAUGCAAAAUAAGAUAAUCAAACAAAAACUCUGGACAGUGUGUAAAAGUGAGCCCAAGUCGAUCCCUUUUUUAUCUUCCGGUGCAAGAUACCCAUUGCCAUUUAUCCAUAGUGGCUAUGCGAUCUUAAGCAGCUUUUUUUCAAAGCCUACUUUUUGUUUUUUCGGUGUGAAAAAAAAUCUCUUGCAUGUGAUAGAUUGUGUGCAGUUUUGUUCUUAUGCGUAAACUCGGAUGGUGACCUGCAGUAGCCUCGCUAUUGACUUUUGAACGUUUGAUGAUUUGUGAACAUUUUGGAGAACGAGAAUUGAUUCACUGGAGCAUUUCGUUUCUUUUGCGUCAGCAGGUUAACAUUCAUAUGUGAAAGCAGCGACUACCAAGAAGUAAAAAGAUGCACGUGUUGGUCGAGUUUAACGUUUUCUGGUCGUUAGUCGGCAUGCUUCGGAUGUACCGAGAAGAUUCUUUUCGUAACGACCGUUGGUCCUACGCCCGCGAGUCGGGGGUGCAUAUCAUCGAGGGCUCCCAGGUGGAGGAAGAGGAUCUUCGCUUGUGGUCCGGGAUGUCCGGGGUUUCAUCGCCCAGUGGGACGCAGACACUAUUGUGUGCAGCGUGACAACGACCGAUACAGUGGCAGACGAAAGGGCUACAUGCAAACGCGACGGAAACGUCCAGGGAACAGGUCUAGUAUGGCCUGGGCGAGUGUGGCACGCGCAGAGGCGGCUGCGACCAACUCUGGGGUGUCAACAUCAUAAGUAGAUGAUAGUGCAGUUAUCCCACUCGAUAUUUGAAUGUAAUACUUUUACUUCAGCGAUCUACAUCUACUUCAGUGUCAGUGAAGAUAGUCACAGUGUCAUCGACAUGUUCGUAAAAAUGUUGCUCACUUCUAAACAAACAUUUUCUUGGGUACUCCUGUUUUGACAUUUGGACAUUUUAGCCAUCGAGAAAAACUCUGAACACGUGCCAUCGUUUUGAAUGACCAGAGCUCUAGUUUUGUGAAU